AUGACUGAUUCAAUUUACUUUUGGGGGAAAAGGAAGGAGAAGAAGGAGAAGAAGGAGAAGAAGAAGAAGAAGAAGAAGAAGAAGAAGAUGAUGAUGAUGAAAGAGGAGGAGGAGGAGGAAGAGGAGGAAGAGGAGGAGGAAGGGAUUAUGGACCAACAGAACAAAAUGGAUGAUCAUUACUGUGAUAGGGAUGUAGGAUAG